AUGUCUUCUGCAGCACAUAUCGCCAAAAACUCAGCCAUGCAGCCAGCCGAAUCGCCCCAGUUAUUCGCCUCAGCUCUGACGUCCGAACUGCGGAUGCCUUCAUCACCCUGCCAAGUGGCAAAGACGGGUCCGGCAAAUUUCUCGAAGAAUUUUACGUGA